AUGGUUACAUUCAACUGUGAAGUGUGUAACGCCACUGUCCCAAAGAAGAACACCGAAAAGCACUACUACCGUUGUCCUAACGCUUACUAUACAUGUAUUGACUGUUCUAAGACGUUCGAGGAUGGUGUAAGUUAUAAACAACAUACUUCUUGCAUCUCCGAAGAUGAGAAGUAUCAGAAGGCACUAUAUAAAGGUGCAAAUAAGAAAGGGAAACCCAAGGGAAAGGUAGAGAAACCUGCAGUUGUUGAGAAGCCUGUGAUUGCUGAGAAACCGAAGGAUGAAAAGAAAAGUAACAAAAAAUCCAGUAACAACGUCUCUAUGAAGAAAGGUGAUAGCCUGUAUGCGAUUUUGAAGACCUUGAAGGAUAAGGAUGCUAAGAAGAAGUUUUUGAAGUCGCUUGUGGUAGAUGAUGACGGUCGUCUGGCCAGAAAAUGA